AUGGACUCUCUUUUUGAAACCAACCUUCCCUUUAGUACUGUACCUAUUUAACAAUAUGGUAUAAAUUAAUUGACUCACUACUCCAGAAACCAAUCUCUCCAAAAAUCUGAUUUCUCACCUCAAUAAAUGCUUUUAGAUUUAGGUGAGAUGUGCAAUGUAAGAUAUCUACUCAUUGAAAAUCUGAAAUAUGGAUGUGAAAUCUCAGUCUUUGUAAGUGAAUUCAAAAAUGGUCCUUUUAUAUCAGUUCACAAUAAGGAAUUCUUCCCUUAACAUAAAUAAAGAAGAAUUAAAUUAUCAGCUCUCCCAUGCAGAUAUAUUAGAAUCAUAAUCCACAAAGGAGUGCACAUAUAAACAAAUUAAAUCAAACUGAUUGGUUCUACAAACGAAAGGCUAGCAGAAGAGGGAUUCUUUAAGGACUUUAAACUAUUAGUGACAAAUCCAUCUAGAAUUAUGUAUUGA